UGGAAUAUUCCGUAUGAAUUCAACGAAUCUGAUCUUAGAAUCAGCUUGAGGCAAAUUCAGAUGUUUCUGAACGAAUAUGAAGAAACUCCAUUCGAAGCUCUAACUUAUCUUACAGGGGAAUGUAAUUAUGGAGGAAGAGUGACAGAUGACAAGGACAGACGUCUCCUCCUGUCGCUUCUCUCCAUCGUCUAUUGCCAAGAAAUUGAAACGCAGGAAUGCUAUAAACUUUCUCCAGGAGGGGAAUAUUAUAUACCACCCUUCGGGACAUACCAGUCUUACAUCGAUUAUUUAAGAACGCUGCCCAUUUCAACGCAUCCUGAAAUAUUUGGCCUUCACGAGAACGCCGACAUUACGAAGGAUAACCAGGAGACCAACCUGCUUUUCAACGGGGUCUUGUUGACCCUCCCUCGAGAGGCUGGAGGAGGAGGGAAAUCACCCCAGGAAACGGUUGAAGAAUUGGCUCAAGAUGUUCUCUCCAAGCUACCCAAUGAUUUUGAUCUCGAACACGUGAUGAAAUUGUACCCAGUGCUGUAUGAGGAAUCCAUGAACACGGUUCUCAGGCAGGAGCUGAUUAGGUUUAACAGGCUUACGGAGGUCGUCCGGAGCAGUCUGAUCAGCCUAGGCAAAGCCAUCAAAGGCCUGGUGUUGAUGUCUUCGGAACUGGAGGAUGUUUUCAACAGCAUGAUCGUGGGCAAAGUGCCAGCCAUGUGGGCAGCCAAAUCCUACCCAUCACUCAAACCCCUGGGGAGUUACGUGACUGACUUGGUGACACGGUUGACCUUUUUUCAGGAAUGGAUCAAACACGGACCACCAAAUGUGUUUUGGAUCUCUGGUUUCUAUUUUACUCAGUCGUUUCUGACGGGCGUCUCUCAGAAUUAUGCCAGAAAGUAUACAAUCCCAAUAGAUCACAUUGGAUUUGAAUUUGAGGUGAUGAGGAAGGAGCACACCAUGAAGCAGAUGCCUGAAGACGGCGCCUACGUCAAAGGGCUCUUCCUGGAAGGAGCCCGAUGGGAUAGAGUAACCAUGCAGAUCGGUGAAUCCCUCCCCAAAAUCCUUUACGACGCCCUGCCCAUCAUUUGGCUGAAACCCGGGGAGAGCGCCAAGUUUUUGCACGAGCGGAUCUACUUGUGUCCCGUCUACAAAACCAGCGCCAGGAGAGGCGUCUUGUCCACCACGGGACACUCCACCAACUAUGUCCUCUCCAUUGAGCUUCCUUCUGACCUUCCCCAGAAGCACUGGAUCAACCGGGGGGUGGCAGCCCUUUGCCAGUUAGAUGACUGACCCGUCUGUGCACAAAAUGAAUCUAUGUAUUGCUGCACCUUCCAAUUAAAAGACGUAGACU